GAGGGGAGGGAAGACAGAAAGAAAAACGAAAGAAACCGAGGCGGCCGGAUGCAAAAGGCGAGCAAAUAGCACGAGCGAGAGGCGGCAGCCAGGCGCGGCUGCUCGCGGGGUUGCCGGCUGCAGCCCAGCGGCUCUUUGUCAAGGGAGCCUCGGAGCCCGGGUGCGAGGCGCUGCUACUGCUGCUGCUAGUGCUGCUGCUGCUGCUGCCGGCGGCUGAUCCCGGCGCCGGCAGAGCGAGCGAGCAAGCGGAGGAGGAGGCGGCGGCGGCGGCGGCGGAGGAGGAGGAGGAGGAGGCGGCGGCAGCGAGGGAGCGGCGCGCAGCCCCGGACGGCAGCUUCUUCCCGCUGCGGUUUCCGCGAGGCGACCAGCAAACUGGCUCAUCCGCUGGCAAGUCAGAGCAGCCCCCUGGCUCCGGGAGCGCACCCUUUCUGGAGGACGGGCGGCGGCGGCGGCGGCAAAAGGAUGGCCUCGGACCUGGCCCUGCACAGCGCUGACCUGCCCACUAGUCCCCUGGCCAUGGAAUAUGUUAAUGACUUCGAUCUGAUGAAGUUCGAAGUGAAAAAGGAACCGGUGGAGACGGACCGCAUCAUCAGCCAGUGCGGCCGCUUGAUCGCCGGGGGCUCGCUCUCCUCCACCCCCAUGAGCACGCCGUGCAGCUCCGUGCCCCCCUCGCCCAGCUUCUCGGCCCCCAGCCCGGGCUCCGGCGGCAGCGACCAAAAGACCCACUUGGAAGACUAUUACUGGAUGACCGGCUACCCGCAGCAGCUCAACCCGGAGGCCCUGGGCUUCAGCCCGGAAGACGCCGUGGAAGCGCUGAUCAACAACAGCCACCACCAGCUCCAGAGCGCGGCGGCGGCGGCGGCGGCCGGCUUCGAAGGCUAUGCUAGAGGGCAGCAGCUGGCCGUGGGCGGCGGAGGCGGCGGCGGCGGAGGAGGAGGCGGCGGCGGGUCGGGGGGCUCCAUGCCCCCGGAGGAGAUCGGCUCGGCGGCCGCCGUGGUGUCGGCGGUGAUCGCGGCCGCGGCGGCGCAGCAACAGAACGGCGGAGGCGGCGGCGGCGCGCCCCACUACCACCACCAUCACCACCACCCGGCCGGCGGCCACCACCACCACCACCAUCAUCCGCAGCCGCAGCCUCCGGGCAGCGUGCAGUCUUCGGCCAGCAGCACCAGCAGCGGCAGCAGCGGCGGCGGCGGGCUGGGCGGCGGGGGUCUCCACCACCAGCAGCACCACCACGGGGGCGGCGGCGGCAGCGGCUUGCACUUCGACGACCGCUUCUCGGACGAGCAGCUGGUGACCAUGUCGGUGCGGGAACUCAACCGGCAGCUGCGGGGCGUCAGCAAGGAAGAGGUGAUCCGGCUGAAACAGAAACGACGGACCCUGAAAAACCGGGGCUACGCGCAGUCCUGCCGCUUCAAGCGAGUCCAGCAGCGGCACGUCUUGGAAUCCGAGAAGAACCAGUUGCUCCAACAAGUGGAACAUCUGAAGCAGGAGAUCUCCAGGCUGGUCCGGGAGAGGGACGCCUACAAGGAAAAAUACGAGAAAUUGGUCAGCAGCGGGUUCCGGGAAAACGGAUCCAGCAGCGACAAUCCCUCUUCUCCAGAGUUUUUCAUGUAUCCAAGAGAAUCAACUACAACAGUGAUGUGAGAGUUUCCUGUUGCCUGGAGCCUGAUAAGAUAACACAAUGCUGGUUUGCAGAUGGCUUACAACGAACUCCUGGCAUGAAGAGUAAAGCUACAAAGCACAAAACAAUGGGGGAAAAAAUAAAAUCCUACAGACAAAUGAACUUGGGAU